GCACUUGCCUCAGUUUCAAGGACGUCUCCUCGAGAGCUGGUCAUUUGAUUCUCUCUCUAUCUGGUCCCUUUGUUUCUUCUUUCCUCAUCUUUUCUGUUGCCACCUACACACACACACUUUUAAAAAAUCGCAAUGUUAGCCAAAUGCCGCCUCUUCAUGCCCGGUUUGUGCACCUCAAGUAGUUUCAGGAUCUCUCCUGGGCUGGAAGAUGCGCCAUCCUUGGACUGCCACAAGCUUCUUCUUCACAGUGCCGCUAGUGAGCUGUACCCCUCGCCUCUUGAAGGGAAACGGGCUCGGCCAUUUAACGAACUGCCCGGCAACUGGAGGAACAGCUGGUUCAACCUCUACCUUUUCUGGAAGAAAGGGGGCUUCCAGAACCUGCACAACAUCAUGAGGCACAAUUUUGAAACCUUUGGGCCAAUUUACAGGGAAAAACUGGGCUCCUAUGACAAUGUCAACAUUAUCGAUCCGGAGGAUGCGGCGGCGCUCUUCAAAGCUGAAGGAUUGUACCCGGAGAGAUUCAUGGUUCCUCCUUGGAAGGCCUAUCGCGACUUUCGCAGCAAGCCUUACGGAGUGCUUCUGAAGAGCGGAGAGGCUUGGCGUCAGGACCGCCUGGUUCUGAACAAGGAGGCCCUGUCCCUAAAAGUGCUUGACAACUUUGUGCCUCUUCUGAACGAGGUGGGAGAAGACUUCAUCAAGAGAGUGCAAAUGCAAAUCGAACGGAGCCCGCAGGGGAAGUGGACGGCUGACUUCACCAACGAGCUCUUCCGUUUUGCCCUGGAGUCUGUAUGCAGUGUCUUGUACGGCACACGCUUGGGACUCCUGCAGGACUUUACCGAUCCUACGAACCAGGAGUUCAUUGAUGCUGUUUCCUUGAUGUUCCAUACUACCUCGCCAAUGCUGUACAUCCCACCAAAAUUCCUGCGUUGGAUUAACUCCAAGAUUUGGCUGAACCACGUGAAGGCCUGGGACAUCAUCUUCACCCAAGCUGACAGGUGUAUACAGAAUAUUUACCGAGACCUCCGUUUGAGCCGGAAAAAUGCCAAAGAAUACAAAGGCAUUUUGUCCAGCCUUUUAAUGCAGGAUAAACUGCCUGUUGAAGACAUCAAGGCCAGCAUCACGGAGAUGAUGGCGGGAGGAGUGGACACGACUUCAAUGACUCUCCAGUGGGCCAUGUACGAACUCGCCAAAGCUCCCGCCAUCCAGGAGCGGCUGCGGUCAGAAAUCUUGGCCGCCAAAGCAGCUUCCCAGGGCGAUAUUCUGAACGUACUAAAAGCUGCCCCGUUGGUCAAAGCUACCAUCAAAGAAGUCCUCAGGCUCCAUCCGGUUGCAGUCACAAUACAAAGAUACGUAACCCAAGAGCUUAUCCUUCAGAAUUAUUUGAUCCCUGCCAAGACCUUAGUCCAAGUUGGCAUUUAUGCCAUGGGCCAUGAUCCAAGGUAUUUCACCAGACCUGAGCAGUUCAGUCCAGAAAGGUGGCUGGGUCAUGACUCUAGACACUUCCGACUGCUGGGGUUUGGCUUUGGGCCACGCCAGUGCCUUGGGCGCAGGAUUGCUGAGCUGGAGAUGCAGCUGUUCUUGAUACACAUGCUGGAGAAGUUCAAGAUUGAAACUAAGAGGGGAGUGGAAGUUGGCACUACAUUUGAUCUCAUCUUGGUCCCGGACAAGCCGAUCCAUUUGACUCUACGGCCUCUGGACUCUCGUCCCUAAGCAGGGAAGGUGCACGUGAAGCCUCUUUCAAACCCCUGGAGAAAGAAAGGACAGGAAACGACCGGCCAGCCAAAACCCAUUUUUGCUGGUGAUGAACUUUUCACCGGGUCCAGAGGGAGCUUGUUUCCGAAAUGUACAAAAAAAAAAAGAAACAGCACGUAAUGGCAUAAUUUGUGGAGAGGUCUUCUCAACACUCGGACUGUCCUAUGCUCAACCCCCUAAUGUGUGAUUUAGACAAAGGGGAGGAAAAUGUCUGUGACUCAGGUUGUUUUGGAGACUUAGAAUCAGGAUAUGAUGCUCGUAGCUUUCAGGCCACAAGAAAGGAGCAAACAGAUCAAAAAGAAGGGCCACUGAAAGGGAAUGUGCGCCCUGUGAGAUGUUAUCGGAUUGGACCUCCCAUCAUCCCUAGCUGUUAGUUAUGCAGGCUAGGGCAGAUGGGACUUGUAGUCCAACAACAUCUGGAGGGCCGCAGUUGGAUCUAAAGGUUUUGCUUCUUCCAUUGUUAGUACUAGGCCUGGGAGGGCAAGGAAACACAUGUGCCCUCCCAGAUGUUUUUGGACUACAAGUCCCAUCAGCCUUGGCUGGCAUAGCCAGUUAGGAGAGAGAUGUACAAGAAUGUCCAGAGGACCAUGGUUUCCUAUCCUUGUUCCAGUAUGUAAGGAGAAGGGGAGCAAAACAUCUGCCUACCUUUCAUGGGCCAUGCACGUUUCAACUUGAGUUUACUCUCGACACAAAGUGUGGACCAAAUUUUUAGGGCAAAGGUACCCCAUAGGGGGAUGGUGAUGCUGCUAUAUAUAUAUAUCCCUUUGUUUUUAGCUUAUCUCCCUUCGAAUGGUCAUCCUAGUGCUUAUUUCCUGUUAAAGCUAAGGGUUAAGGUGGGGAAAAAGCAGAAACUAAGGAAAGGGUCAAGUCACCAUGGCCUGCUAAACCUUUAGGGGACUUGCACACAAAGAAGACAUGAGGACAGUAACCCUCUCCCAGUGCUGCUCUUAAACACGAUUGAAUUAUCAGAUUGAACUGUACAAUAUAGUUACUACAGAAACAUGAAGCCGCUGUUAUAUUUUCCUUCCAGAGAUGUAAUUCCUUCAAAACGUCAUGCCAGAUUUCGAUAUGACGUUUGUGUUUACUUCCCGAUGACCAAUCACAAAGUUAAUGCAAGCGAACUUGUGACACAGAAAGUUGUUGAAAACUAAUAUUAGGAUAAUCAUAAAUCUUUGAUCUCUUAAGGGAGCUUUGCUUCUAAAGGCAUGCCAACUGUAUCACAUAGCAUGAGGCUAACUUUGAAGAUAAUAUAGGGAUCAUGACUGGUAGCCACUGAAAAACUUGUCCCCUCUGAAUUUCUCUGAUCCUCUUUGAAAGUUGUGCCCUAUGAAUAAAUACUUCUUUUU